AAUGAAUGAUCUUGUUAAUUAAUUUUGCAUAUGUGUAACUGUACUUUUCUUUCACAGAGUCCAAUGGAACCUGUUUUUGAACCAAAUAAUUUGAAUGUAACUGAAAAUAAUUCACAGUGUCAAGCAAAUGCUCUACUAUUGGCGCAAAUCAAUCAUGAUGGUCCACCUCCAAACACAUUGGAGAUGACGAACUUUGACUGGUAUUCAAACACAUCUGAUAGCCAGAAUACAUCUACAAGUUCACAAGAAAACUCUCAGGAUUCAUCUCUCAACAUUUUUGAUAAUUUACUUCAGAACCCCAAGCCUGAUAAUAUAUCUGGCAGCAGCAAUUUGUCGUCAUCUUGUCACAGUGAAAAGCGAUUUGUCGACUUGAGUAAUUCAGAUUAUGAAGGAAUGCAGAACUGCUUUGAUUUUAUUGAUAAGAGCUUGAUUGCCUGGUACUUUUUUCAUGAUCCAGACAGUCGACUGUUGGCUACUGCUCCAGCUCGAUUUGGGAAAACAUCAAUCCUAAAAAUGCUUCACAAGUUCUUUUCAAUUCAAAUGACCAGAUCUGGUGUUACUUGGAUUGCCUUCAAGAAUGUGAAACAGGAAGAUGGAAGACUUGUUGAAGACCCAAACUGCAUGUCAGAGAUCUUCAGCACUUUCAAGACAAAGAAGAUUUUCACAAUGUGCCAUUGCUCCACUGUGCCUGUGGAAGUCGUCUGCAAUCUAUGCAAACAGUGGUUUUACCAUCACUGUCAACAAUACCCUGUUAUCUAUAUAGAUUUUGGGACUGUUAGCAGUGUAUCUUUGAGAGAUGUUAUUGCAAGUUUGAAUGAUGUAAUCAGAGAUGCAUUUAAGCAGCAUCCAUAUUUGAUAAAAAAAAUUAAAAGAAAAACUGUGUGGUCAAGUACGGGAAAGAAGGAAAUGGGCAGUCAUGAUGUCAGUGUGUUUCUGAAAUACUAUGAUGAUGUUCAGCAUAGGAACUUUUGGCGGAGCGCAAACACAACUGUAGAAGAUAGAAAGAGGUACCUGGUGAAUGGUCUGCCAUUGCUAGCAGAAUAUUUAAGUCUGCAUUUCAAAAUUGAGCAAUCUGGAAAAGGUGUUAUUCUAUUUGUUGAUGAGUUCGAUGCCCCCAUAUCCGAGUUAAUCUUUCAAAAGGGAGAGAAGCAGAAGCUAUAUCAAAACAUCAUCAAAAUUUCUGGUUUUCUUCGUCUUUGGACACGCAGUCUACUUAAGGAGUGCCAGUUUGUGAAAAAAGUGCUGGUGACCAGUUGUGUUGCCAUAGUAGGCACUUUAUCACUCGGUGCAAAUAAUAUUCAGUUUAGACUUUUCUUGGACUCCCACUAUUUCUCUGAGGCAUUUGGAUUUACAGAGGAUGAAGUGAAAACUCUUGUUGAUAGCUACUUGAGAGAAGAAGUUAUUUCCUUGUCAAGAGAUGACAUUCUGAGAAACAUAGAUCAAUGGUAUAAUGGAUAUCCAAUCAUUAAGAACAACAAAAAGAUCUUUAGCAUCUACUCCAUUUUGUCUUACUUACGAAGUGGUCAGUUACGUGCGUAUUGGAAGGAUAAAGUUGGUUCGAGUUGCUUAGAUGCUCCUCUUGCUGAAGAUGUAUUUCACGAAAAAGUCUUCCAACUUCUUGGCAAUAACAAACGAACAGUGUCAAUUGAUGUGCUUGAGAGUGUGGAGCCUGCACACAUAUGCACUUUGAAUGAGCUAGUUAAUAACCCUGUACCUGAAACUAUGGACCCAGAAAACAUUGAUUUGUACUUACAAUUUUUAACUGAAUGUGGUUUCUUUACUGUGACCAAUAGGACAGACAUGAACGUUAGUAUAAGAAUUCCAAAUUGUGAGAUCAAUCGUCGACUUAGACAGAAGGUGCUUUCAGGAAUGAUUAAGAAGAGACCCUAUGAGUUUGAUUCGUCCAAAGUUUCUGCACUUAUUACAAGCCUACAAUCUCUUGAGACCAUCAAUGUGACGUGGAGAAACAACAAAGCACUGUGCAUUGCAGUUGCAGAAAGUGUUGCAAACUUGUACUCCAAUGUGGAGAAACCCAGCAACCAAUUCAAGAUACAAGCUGACCUAUAUUUUCUCAUAAGGAGAUCAGGCAAGUUUUCAAAAACUGAUGCUGAACUUGCAGUUGACACUGGCAACUCACCCAGAAUUGAUAUAUAUUUUAUCACAAAUGGCACAGCAGUGGUGGUGGAAGUUAACCACUUCAACACUGAAACCAAUGUGGAUUCUGCUCUUGAGAGAAUCUUGAAUAGAGGAUAUCACAGGAUCUGCGAAGAGAGAUUCCAUAGUGACAUUACGGGCAAUAAAAUUCUUCUGGGUAUAUAUUUAGCUGCUGAUGGAAAGGUCUCUGUUGGUUGCUUGGUAAACAUUGAUGGAACAAAAAGUAGAGAAGCUAUAAUGAGUGGACGAGUAUGUGUGGACAGUGACAGAAACACCCUGUACCCUCUUGAUAGGCAGGUCUGCAAGUCUCAUAAUGACACCCGCUUUUCUGCUUGA